AUGGCCGACCUUCCCCCUCAGUCCAUGCCUGCUCCCGUUGAACACCUUAAUAUCAAGGUGACGGAUAACAACAACGAAGUCUUUUUCAAGAUCAAGAGGAGUACGCAGCUGAAGAAACUUAUGGAUGCCUUCUGCGAGAGACAAGGCAAGCAACUCUCGACUGUUCGCUUUCUCUUUGAUGGCACAAGGGUCCGGCCAGAUGACUCUCCUGAGACUGUAAGCACUCCUGCUGGUUCUGCCCAACUUUCACUUCUUAACCAGAAAUUUGACUCACAUAUUCCAUUACAGUUAGAUAUGCAGGAUGGCGAUACCCUCGAGGUGCACCAGGAGCAGAUCGGUGGCUGA